CAAUUUUGCAAUGUGAUUGUGGAGGGAUUAAAGUACUUCUGUAAAAAUUAAUAUAAAUCCACGAAAUAUUUUCGUAGGUUGCAUUUUUAAAUUACUUAUUUUAUAUAUAGAUAUCAUUUAACUUAAGUGUAUAUACAUGCUGUCAAGUCACUUUUUCUAUCGCAAGAAUACUAUUGUACCAAGAUGUCCGUAGUACUCUUUUACGAUUUUGACAUGAAAAUGUUUGUAUAAUCAUACAAUGCUUUUCUGAAAAUUAUAUGAGCUUAUAAUCGAUUUGAAUGUGUAUAUAAAAUAUAUAGAUGAACAUCGAUAUGAAUCAAAUCGUCGAAGAAAAUGUACAAAAUAUAAAGUGCAAUCAGAAAAAUGCAAGCACGAAAAACAAAAGCAAAAAGGCCAAAGAUCCUAUUGAAACGACUGAUGAAAUUAACAAAUUGAAUGAAGACAAAUUGAGUGAUGCGUUAGUAAAUACUCUUCAUAUUAACAACUUUAGUAACCUAACAAAUGGUACAAGUGAUCAUUCUAAAGAUAGUGUUGUCCAUCCUAAUGUAGAACCUGUAGCACAUGAUGCAGCACCCAGCGACGUUAAAAUGAAUGUAAAUAGUGUAAAGUGUAAUGAUUUUGAUAAUCAUGCUGUUAACAACAUUGAACCUUUGGAAAUUGAGAAGGUUAUGUGCAGUGGGUUGAGUGAAAAUGAUAGUAUUGAAAACUCUGACCCUUCACAGACAUGUAAAGAAGAAAUUGAAAUUAUAUCCUAUGAAUCUGAGCUACAAAUGCCAGAAAUAAUGAGACUCAUACAAAAGGAUCUGUCUGAACCGUAUUCUAUCUACACUUAUAGAUAUUUCAUCCACAAUUGGCCCAAGCUUUGUUUUUUAGCCAGUCAUGAAGGAAAAUGUAUUGGUGCCAUUGUGUGUAAAUUAGAUAUGCAUCGAAAUGCUGUUAAAAGAGGAUACAUAGCUAUGCUGGCUGUGGAUGAAAAAUAUAGGAAAAAGAAGAUUGGUUCUAGAUUAGUGCAGAAAGCGAUUAGGGCAAUGAUAGACGACAAUGCUGAUGAAGUUGUUUUAGAAACGGAAAUCACGAACAAACCGGCACUGAAACUUUAUGAAAAUCUUGGUUUCGUAAGAGACAAACGCUUAUUUCGAUACUAUCUCAAUGGUGUAGAUGCAUUGCGGUUGAAAUUAUGGCUCAGGUGAAAUCUGUAGGUAAUGAAUGGGAAAUUUUCACUGUUGUGUUACAGCUCUGAGAAAACUGUCUCAGGCAUAUAAAAACCUACUGUUGUUAUAAUAACAUAACUUCACCAGCCUUCCAUGUGGAUUAUAGCCAAAUGUAUAGUUUGUUUCAAUUAAUUUUUUAAUCAUGUGAUAUGUUUUAUUUUAUCUAAUUUAUGUGUUAAAAAUUGUUAAUUAAAAUGUUUUCUGCAAUUUCUUUCAUAUUUCAAUAAGUAAAUGGUUGAUAUCCUAACAGAAAAUACACAACUUUGAAGUAA